AAGUCGCACGGUUUUACUUUUCGUCGUUCUACGCGAAAAUACUUGAAAUUUCGGGCCUCCUCGAAGUAAGGGAGAUUCCAGGGGAUCGUGUGCUCAGGAAUUUUGCCAAAAAUCCUUCGCGUAUUUUCGGACGAACUUGAAGUUUCUACAAAACGCUUAUAAACUGACGAUCUUCAAUGAAGACGAAACAAUUCGAAUGAGAAAAUAUUCCAGCGCCAUGCCCCAAAGAAUGGGCGAAUUUCACCGACGAAUUUCAUCGAGACUCAGCGCCUUGGAAUGCCCUGGAACCCCGAUUUAGUAAAAUCGUCAAGGUUGACUCCGCUUCCAGUAAAUCGGAUCGCGCUCGCAGUUGGUUUUCGUUUCCUGCGCAUCUGACGCGUCGUCCCAUUGGACAGAGCUUCCUCCAGCCAGCGAAAAUCCUGCGGCAUUUGCCAGCUGGUGGGAGAAAUUUUGUCGACCGAAUUUUGCAAAAUCGGGGCCACAGUGCGCAGUGGUCUCGGCAACGCUCGUGUCGUCCCGGCUGCUUCCUGUUUCUUCGAGUUUCAAGGAGCACCGUUCAACCGUCGCAGAACCGGAGCUGGUGUCCAUAGGAGUCGCAUCAAGGAGAGCUGCAUCGGUAAACCUUCGAGUCUUUCCUUCCAAGGAUUCCAGGCAAAGAAAAUAUUUCGCCGUGAUAAAAGCUGGGAUCGAUCCUCUUCGAUCAGCAAUCAAAAUCCGGGGGAUGCGUGUGACCAGUGGUGAGUGCACUCUCGUCUACUUCAACGUGAAAACGUCGGGAGGCAGCAAGGUCGAUGACAUCGUGCAGCUCGCGUCACGAGCUAGCAACGGAGCUUAUUCAACUUGGAUCGAGGUUUCUUCUGGAAGUGGAAGAACGGAAAAGCGAUCGGUCGAAUUCGAGUACGAGAAUGGGGAGCCGUUUUACCGCGGUGACCGAGUGGAGAUGGUGUCCCUGGAGGCUGCUCUGCGAUCGUUCCUCGCGGUCCUCCAGUCACUGAAGAAGCCAGCCGUGCUCGUAAGCCGGACGGAAAGCUCCGGCUUCAGGCCUCUGGUCCAGGCGAUUAAACGCACCAAAAUGUCGGAGAAGUUCAUCGAGGCUGUCGUUGGCUUUGCAGAUCUGAGCAUUGUUCUCAGAAAAGCUUCAACGUCCCGUGGGACAGUAUCGCGGUCGCCCUUGUCCGAGGAAGAACGAAAAAUGUUGAACGACGAAGAUGAACCGUUUUACGACGCGAGUCGCCAUGCGAGCCUGUUGCGCGGGCUUUCGACGAAACUCUCGUUGGAAUCCGACAUCUGUGAUAACAUCAGACCUUACACGCAAGUUUUUCCGGAGAGCGCUCGAGGCCUCAUUUUUUUCUGAGUCCAUAGUUUGUCCACGUGCACAGUCCUCGAAGGAAAGUUGACCAGGUUGUUGGAGAAAUGGCACACACAGGAAGUUCGUUCUCCUAGAGCAAAAGGUUCGUUUGUUUUUCGUGUAAGUUUCAAAGAGCCCGCACAUUCGAUUGUUCUGCAUGUUUUUUAGAAACUAAAGUGUUUUUUUUGAAUAAAUGAAAUUUUAUAAUAA